CGCCCCCUGGAAACCCCUCGAAGAAGAAGAAAGAGGAACCACAACAUGAGUUGGAACAACUUCCAUAAAAGAUAAAGUCUGAUUUUAGGGGCGCUUAAAUUUAUAAUCACACUCAGACAUGUUCGCGCUGGAAACAUUUGAGAGUCAGUUAUCGUCUGUGAUGGAGACCUUGGUGGAGGCGGCGGUGACGGAGCUCGGCAGACUCCUGGAGGAGAGCUCGGCUGCGGCCGCUGUACCUGCUGUGAAGGAUGAAGAGAGGGAGGUGGCUCCACCGGAGCAGAGGCGGCACCUUCACGUGGAUGUCACGAAUCAGUUUGCAUCACUGAUGAAAAAGUGGGCCCAAGCUGCAGUGGAGAAAAUCUCACUCAUAUUGAAAGUAUCCGUGAGUGGGGUCGGAGAUGCUCCUGCUGCAGAGAAACCGACAGACGGGCGGAUCGAUACUGGGCGCAGAAAAGCAUCCAGAAAGAGAAAUAAAAUGCAAGGAUUGCAACCAGCAGCGAGACAGAUAAACGAUCACUUAUACUGCAGAGAGGAUCAACAGGCUGAGCGGUCAACAGAAGAAGCAGACCCAGAAUCUGUUGUAGAAUCUGAUGACUCAGCCUCAUGUGAGGGGAGUAACUCUGGACCCCCCCCUGAGCCCCCCUCUGAAUCUGAAGCCACAUCAGCUGAGCCUGAGCCAGCAUCCAGUGCCGUCGAAGAAGAUGCCGAGCAUUUGAGGACCGUGGUGAAAAUGAGGAAGAAGAAGAAGCUCACUAAGGACUUCAAAUGUUCUAUAUGUGGCAAAGCAUUUGCUCUGAAGUGCUUGAUGAGCAGGCACUGCCUGACUCACUCCAGGCCUCACCUUUGCUCUGAGUGCGGCAAACGUUUCGCUGGACUGCGCGGGCUCAUCGCACAUUUGAGAAAACACACCGGAGAGAAGCUUUACAAAUGCUCCAAGUGCGGGACGGAGUUUGCGUACAAGUCGACCUUCCACAGGCACAUGCGUCAGCACAACCUGAGGAAACCGAUCACCCACACGUGUUCGCUGUGCGAGGAGCGGUUCACGGGGAAGCAGGCGUUUCAGCGACACAUUUGUUGCGCGCUAAAGACGACGUUUGUUUGCUCACUUUGCCCGGAGACCUUUGAGUGCAGACAGAGCUUGGCUGAUCACGAGAAUCUGCAUUCAGGAGACAGAGAUUUUGUCUGUGAAAUGUGCGGCAAGAGCUUCUUCUCGUCCACAUCCUUGGCCGCUCACCGAGUUACUCACACGCAAAAGGAAAACUGCUGCGAACUGCUCGGCUUCGGUCCCAGCAUGCUCAAAAAUCACCUGAGCCAACACGCUGGAGAAAAACCUUUCACCUGCCAGAUCUGUGGCAAAGGAUGCAGUCACAGGAGCGCCCUGAAGCAUCACAUGCUGACCCACACGGGCGAGAGGCCGUACGUCUGCGAGAUGUGCGGCAAGCGCUGUGGCCACGCCAGCGCGCUUCAGAAUCACAUGAGGGUCCACACGGGCAAGAAAGCGGGAGAAAAGCCGAUCUGUACUGUGUGCGGCAAAAUAUUGCGCUGCAUGGUCAAUCUCAAGUACCACAUGAGCGUCCAUACUGGGGAAAGACCGUACGCCUGUGAUCAGUGUGAAAAGAGGUUCAGCAACCCCAGCAAUCUGAAGAUGCACACGACAACUCACUCAGGGGAGAAGAUGUACGGCUGCAACAUCUGUGGCAGGAGGUUCACACAGUCCUACAGCCUCAAGCUGCACAGACAGAUGCACACAGGAGAAAGGCCGUAUCACUGCACGCUCUGCGGGAAAACUUUCAUAACCAGCAGCGUCUUCAGGGCCCAUCAGAAGGUUCACCUGCCUCCUCCGGCAGGUGAACCUUCUGAUGAAUAGAGUGGAAAAACUGCAGUGAAACUCAAACACUUCUCUGCUGUGUGGUCACUUCCUGUACUGAUUAUUGACUUAAGCCAUAGACGUUAUAAAAGAUGAACAUUGCUUAAACCUGCACUCUUUGUAAUGGCCAGCAGGGGGCGACUCCUCUGGUUCAAUAGCGGUCUGUGAGAAAACUGCCCUUACCUCCAGCACUCUUGGGCCUUAGUAAACACUUUCCUGAUGACUUAAUGAGCUCAGUCGCUAGUUUUAGGUCAUACUGAAUAAAGCAUGAACCUGUUUUUGUAAACUAUGGUUAAUAUUAGAGUCAGAAAGAAUGAUAACCUGGGAUAUGCUCUCUGCCACUCCCAAGUAAUUAACCAUGAGUGUGGAGUUUCACAGGCAGAUUGUAACCAUUACUGUACGGGUGCUGGAUAAUUUCAGAUAUUAUCAUAUGAUUAUUUUUAAGGCAUUCUCAAUUGUGGUGGCAGCUUGGUGGCACCACAGCAGGAAGGUCCUAGGUUCAAAUCCACCAUCUGGCCAGGGCCUUUUUGUUUGCAUGUUCUCCCCGGGUCUCUGUGGGUUCUCCCCGGGAACUCUGGCUUCUUCCCAAAGACAUGCAGUGAGUGAGGUUAGGCUAAUUGGUGACUGUCUCUCAGUGGGCACAGGCGGGCGACCUGUCCAGGAUGUACCCAGCCUCUCGCCGUGUGGCAGCUGGGAUAGGCUCCAAACUCCCUGCAACCCUGAAUUGGAUGAGGUGGACGGAUCCUCAAUAUUUUCACAUUUUAAAUAUUGGUAUAUUAUGACACUCACGACUUGAAUAAUAACAACUGUGAGCCAAAUGACAGAUUGAAAACAAUCAAAGAUGUUAUGUUUGUGUUUAUGCAGAGUGUCUGUCAUUUAAUAUGCCUCAUUGUGGAUUUAACACCAGUUUAAGUGAAACCGCAGACGUUUUACAUCAGUGUGAUUGUUGAUGACUUUAUCUUUCUUGGUUAAGUUUUUUUGGUUGCAAUGGUCACAUUUCAAAAGAUUUGAGAUGAUUUGAAAAUAAAAAACCUCAUUUUUUGAUGAACAGGAGCUUGAGUCUUUCGGUAUGGAGGUCAGGGUUCAACAUGACCAAUGACCUGGAGGCCAGGGUCCAGUUUAAAAAAAAAAAAAAGUAUGUUGAUUGAUUCACCUGUGAAGCAGGUUUUUUUUUCAGUGUUUUUUGUACAUCAUUAAAAUACAAAUAAAUCAUCA